AAUUUUUCUGAAAUAGCGCCUCGACAGCCCGUACAAAGCCAGUCAGCCCACCUUUAAGCGUAAAGUAAACCACAAUGGGUCUCUCAGAGCGUAAAGUGAAGCAACGUAUCGGCCUUGACCCCCGUAACCUGUCAUGGUCUGACGACAAGACUCGUUUCUCCUACAAGCACAUGCAAGCUCUUGGAUGGAAAGAAAACACCGGUCUUGGAAGCUCUUUUGAGGGUAACCCUAAUCACAUUGCUGUCGUCCGCAAAGCCGAUAAUGGAGGUAUCGGUAUGGGCAGAGCUAGGAAAGAGGGAGAUGACCUUGCUGCUGGUGCUGGCCAGGCUGGUCAGGGCUUGGAGGAAGUGUUGAGGCGAUUGGCUGCGGCUAGUGCAAGCCCUAGUCCUAGUCUUGUGAACACGCCUGUGAAUGAAGAGAAGCCAAAAGAGCCUGUCGUCGUGCGAAACAAGAUUGCUUCACGACAAAGACAUCUGGCCGCUAAAAGGGCGGCCGUGCAAUCCCCUCAAGCUCUAGCUGAGAUUCUCGGUGUCCCUGUUUCCUCUCUCCCUUCCUCCGCCGUUGCGACCCCAUCACCUCUCGCCUCAUCUUCGUCUACCCCUCAACCUGAAAUUAAGCCCGAAAUUAAGCCAGAUGUCAAACCCACUCUCGCAGAUCCCGAAUCAGCCUCCGCUCUCAAAUCAGAGCGUACAUCUGAAGAUGUGGUCACCACAUCCAAACUCUCCGUUUCAGACUACUUCCGGCAAAAAAUGCGGGAAAAAAUGCUUAUUAGACAGGCUGCUGCUGGUGGCAGUCGCGUUAAGGUGGAGGAUCUCCCCGCGCACAGUCUGGAAAAUAUGGUUGAGGAGGAAGAAAAGAAGCCUGUGGGCUCUGAAUGGGAGGGCACUAAGAUGACUUUCAAGGAGCAACUGCAAGAAUUUGAGCCAUCAGAUUCUACAACUGCUAUUCCUAAGGAGGAAGAUGAAAAGACCAAAAAGAGGGCGAGGAAGGAGGCUAAGAGGCUAGCAAAAUUAGAUAAGGAGACGGGCAAGAGUAAGGGGCAUGAUCCGAUACAUGAGGCUCAUCAGACGCUUGAGGCAUUCGAACAUGCUGGGGAAGUGAAAGAGGAGGACAAGGACGAGAAGAAAAGGCAAAAGGAGGAAAAGAAGAGGAAAAGGGACGAGAAAGAAGUUAAGGAGAAGGAGAAGAAACGGAAACGCGAUGAUGAUGAAGACGAGAAAAAGGAUAAGAAGGAUAGGAAAAGCAGGGAGGGUCAGAAGGAGAAAGAGAGGAAGAAGAAGAAGGAGAAAAGUUCAUAGACACGGUGCUUUGAUUCAUACCUUUUUGUCAUAUACCGAGCACCUUAUACCCUCAACACUUUUGGGCUGUUAUGUAUGUCAUUCUAUGCUAUACGGUACAAC